GAAACUUGGUGAUGAGUUUUGCUUCUUGGAUAGAGUGGUGAAAGGAUUAACCAUGGCCAUUGGCAAUACCUUGUUUUUCUUGUGGGGACAAACAAAUCAGAAUCAAGCAAAGGAUAUUAAACUCCAUUAAGCUCUUUGGCCACUAAUAAUCAUUUUUCAUCUUUAAAAGCUCUAACAUCCUCGUACUACAUUACAAAUUUUCAAUCAAUCACUUUCUCAUAAACAUUUUGUUCCUCCCAUGGAAGAUCUUUCAUUCUCUGACCAAGAUGGCGUUUCGAGAUCGAUUUCAGAUACACCACCCAAUCACUAUGGCCUCAAAAUCCAGUCGUUUUCGCUGCUCGCCAAGAACAACAUUGAUAAAUACACGUCAAGCGAAUUCGAAGCCGGAGGCUACAAAUGGAAGUUAGUAGUUCACCCAAAUGGAAACAAAAAUAAAGACAUUAAUGAUCACUUAUCCAUCUACUUGAUGAUUAGUGAAGAAUCAAAUUCACUCGGGCCAGGCUGGGAAAUCCGAGCAGUUUUUCGACUUUUCCUGCUCGAUCAGAACAGAGAUGCUUACUUGACUCUUCAAGAUACGGUUAGAAACGGGAGGCGAUUUCACAAAAUGAAACCCGAAUGCGGUUUUGAUAAGUUUUUGCCAUUAGCAACCUUUAAGGACCCUGCGAAUGGAUAUUUGGUGGAUGACAGUUGCGUAUUUGGGGCAGAGGUUUAUGUGUGUCUCGAAAAACUCACCGGAAAAGGAGAGUCUUUGUCGAUGGUAAAAGAUCCAAUCAUCUACAAAAACACUUGGAGAAUCGGAAGUUUUUCCGGUUUAUCGGAGGAAUGUGUCGACUCCAAACCAUUCAUUGCUGCCGAUAGGAAAUGGAAAAUACAAAUUUAUCCUCGGGGAAAAGGUAGCGGUGUCGAUAACUACAUAUCUCUGUAUCUGACUUUAGCCGAGCCUCAAAACUUGCUUCCGGCAUGCAAAAUAUACGCGGAAUUCACGUUGCGCAUAUUAGAUCAAGUUAAUCGCAACCAUUACUUUGGAACCGCUAAUUACUGGUUCAGUUCGUCUAACUCGACAUGCGGCUGGCCAAGAUUUGUUUCGAGGAGCUAUUUUAAUAUGUUGUCUUCGGGUUUGGUGUUGAAAGAUGUAUGCAUUGUUGAAGCAGAGAUCAAAGUCCAUGGGGUGGCUAAUUCUUUAUGAGUGUUGAUUGAGGAAUAUUCUAAGUUAUUAUGAUCAUAAUGUAUGUACAUAUAUGUCUAUGUGUAAUUAACCCAAUAAUUGAAUAAAACUUUCUAUUUCAUUUUCAUAAUAUAGUAGUUUUGUAAGAGUCUCUGGUUCUCAACAAAAAAGAGAAACACACCUUAAUUAAAGGGACAAUCAUCAAGAUUCAAG